ACAUAUACAUAUACAUACACAUACACACACACACAAACAAAAACAUACCAAAAAUGUCUGCUGCAAAUAAAGUGAAUUACUUGGUCGGCGCUACGUCGCGUUACAUUGCCGGACGCCACGCCGUGCAGACGGUCUACUGGCGCACCUCCUCCGGACCCGAUUCCCGCAUGCUGAAGACGAAGAAGACCUGCGAGUUCGAUCGCAGCUCCAAGGCGCCGCAGAGCGUGCGAAUGCAGCGAUACAAUCGCAGCUUCAUCAACAAGGAGUAGC